AUGCCAUCCUCCACCUCCAUGGUAGAGCCUCGCGGCUGUCCAGAGCAGGCUGAGCCCGAAGACUUCCCGCCGUCGCAUCCGGGUCUUCGUGACUCGGGCAUCGCGACCUCGCCCACUGCGCUGCCCUUCAUCCCUCACCUGGCGCUGCAGACAUGUCCGCCGGCCAGAGGCGAUGCCAGCGCGUCUGCAGCAGGCCAGCAGCAGCACCACAACGGCCAGCAGGGCCAGCAGACGCCAUUGGCGCCGAUAGUUGAUUCGAGCCCAGUGACGCCACGGCCGCCGGUGCUGCUGCAGCUGCGUACGGACAUUCCAUCUGUCCAUCAGCCGCCCCAGUAUCUCCAUCAACCCGUAUCUCAAGACCAGCAGCGUUACCCUCAGGAGGAGGAGCACCAGCACCAGCACCAGCAGCACCAGCAUCAACAUCACCUGCAGAGCCCUCAGGGCGCCGGGUUCGACCAGUAUCUCCAUCUGAGCCGGUCGACGGCCAGCUUGCCACGCAGAAUCCCCAGCAUCCGCCAUGCGCUGGCCGAAGUGCACUCGAGUGCCGGCUCUCUCUCGCCUGGCUCUGCCUUCUCAUCGCCCCAGCUCGCCGGGCUCAGCGAUCUCACUCCGCUGCCCUCGCCCAUACAGCUGUUGGCCUCGCCUCCAUGGGGCUCGACCAGCACGUUUUCGCUGUCCCGCGUCUCCUCAACAGCCUCCAGCCGCGAGCUGCAUCUCCCCCCGCCGUUGACAACUGCCCGUCCGAGGCCGGUCCAGCCAGCAUCCGCCUCGAUAUCUAGUGCUACACCAGCCUCCCCAGAGACCACUACCAACCCGUCUCAGCUCUCGGCGCCUAAGCGUGACCACAGGCAUACCCGCAACCGCAGCCUGAGCGAGUAUGUCCCGCCAGCUCUCCAGGUCCAUCCCCCAACCCGCAAGGCUGCUGCGUCUGAGGCGGCCUCUCGGGCCCGGGACAGGGAUGCAUCGAGGGAUGGACGACCCGGUCCGAAUAUACAGAGGGAGCAAUACUUGGCUGCGCAGCGUGGCAUAGCUGUCCUGCCACCGCCGCUCCCUACGCCCACGUCUGCCCUGGAGCCGUCUGAUUUUGGUGUAUUUGAUAGUGAAGUCUACGAAGUCCAGUCAAUUCGGUCCAAGCAGCCUCGCAGGUACCGCUGGCAAAAACUCCUGGGCCAAGGAGCCUUUAGCCAGGUUGUCCUUGCAGCCCGGGAGGAAGACGGAGUAGUUAAUCCCCAGACUCGCCGUCUUGUGGCCGUCAAGAUUGUUGAGUACGGGCCGGCUGGAGGAGCGGACGAGGAGCGUGUCGAGGUCUCGCUCAAUCGGGAAGUGGAGAUUCUCAAAUCCAUCGAUCAUCCGUCCAUCGUCCAGCUGAAAGCCUUUGGAAGUGACCCGAAACGAGCCCUCUUGGUCCUUGACUACUGCCCUGGAGGUGACCUAUUUGAAUUCGCCAGCAUGCGGAUGAAGCGGAUCAAUCCUCCGCUGAUCGAGAGAAUCUUCUCCGAGCUCGUCGAUGCAGUCAGGUAUCUCCACGGAAAUCACAUUGUCCACCGUGAUAUCAAGUUGGAAAAUGUCCUGUUGAACAUGCCAUUUGCCAAAAUGCAGGAAAUUACUGACUGGCGACACUAUCCUCGUGCAGUCAUAACGCUGACGGACCUGGGUCUCUCACGACGCAUCCCACAACCCCCUGAGAGUCCUCUCCUACGCACCCGCUGCGGUAGUGAAGACUACGCUGCCCCUGAAAUCCUAAUGGGCCAACCAUACGAUGGCCGGUCAACUGACGCGUGGGCUCUUGGCGUUCUCCUCUAUGCCAUCAUGGAAAAUCGUCUACCAUUCGACCCUCUGCCUGGCACUAGGGGAGACCCAGCUAAACUUCGGGCUCGUACUCCACACCGUAUCGCCCGUUGUGAAUGGAGUUGGUACCGUUAUGCAGAUCCGGACGGGGACUGGGACCCAGUCAAAGGGAGAGACCUCGAGGGGCCCCGGCGCUGUGUCGAGGGUCUUUUGAAACGUGGAAGUAAACGUACGCAUCUUGACGAAGUGGCUGAUAUGGAAUGGAUUAAGAAUGCUAUUGCGACUGAUGUCCUGCCUCUGAGACGCGGUGACGUCGAGGUUCCUUGA